AUGCAAAAAGAUAAAAGACCUCUCAUUGAACCAUUACCAAUGUUGACCCAAGCUGCUCCUAUUCUUCAUGACCAGGAAAAAGAGAAAGAAAACGUGAAUGUUGAAGAAGCUAAAGAGCAUAAGAAGAAAGCAAAGAAAAAGCAAGAGUAUGAGAAAAAUCUUCCUAGAAAGAAAAGAAGGAAACUGGAAGCAUCUAAAGAGAUGAUGGGGGAUGAAGCAGAAAAUAGGGUACAAAAGGAAAAGUUAUACAAAACGAUGCAAGAACACAUGAUGCCAAAGAAACUGUUUAAGAGCCACAACAUUCCGGAGUCAUUUCUUAUUGUGUCUGAACCCGGGAUCUUCAAUGCUGCGAGUGUUGAAACAGUGAUUAGCUCAGUGGCCAUUAUGGAGAUGUUGAAAAAAGAACAACUUGAUAUUAGUUGUAUUCUCUGGUAUCAAAUAAUGGAUAACAAAUGUGGUUUUAUAAACCCACAAUGUAUCACGUCUACGAGAUGUGAAUACGAUGAUAGGGGUGAAACAGAUCAUGUCAUCAAUGAUCUUGUUGAUGUGAUGAAUUUUCAUGAGGAAAAACAAUUUUUUCUUGCACCAUAUUGGGAAAGGAGACAUUGGAUGUUGAUAGUGAUUUGUCCUCAUCAAUAUAAAAGCUACAUUUUGGAUUCUGCCAGAGGGACAAAGACAUUGAAAGACUACACAAUAGUUGAACAUGGCUGUUACAAGGUUUAA